AUGCGAGAUCAGUCUUGAUCCAUCUACUUUGUGAACAGGUUGGCUUUGAUUAUCUUUAUGAAUUCACUGCAUCAGCAAGUUACAUUCAAAUUCAAAGUUGGCUUGUCUUCGACUAUCCUAUUAUUGCAGUCCCUGCUAGGAUCCCAAGAUGCCAGGCACGAGAAUUGUACUCAAGGGUGAUGAGCCAGAUCCGGAUCCAGCCCCUUACCUGUUCCUGUCCGUGGAACAUAAGCGGAAGAAUGCGGAGAAGCCCUACGACCCCAAGCGAUCUUGCUGGGUGCCAGAUGCGGACACCAAGUUUACCGAGGGUCUCAUUGAGGAGACGAGUGGAGGCAAAGUCAAGGUCAAGAUUCUCAAGGACAAAUCGAUCAAGGAGUACAAACAGGAUCAAGUGACUCAGGUGAACCCUCCCAAGUUCGACAUGUGCGAGGACAUGUCGGGCCUCACCUAUCUCAAUGAUGCCUCGGUUCUCCACAACUUGAAAGUCCGCUAUGUUGAGAAGCUUAUUUACACUUACUCCGGCCUCUUCUGUAUCGCGGUGAACCCUUACCAAAGGUUCCCCAUCUACACUGGGCGAACCGUCGGUUUGUACCGACUCAAGCGACGGAAUGAGGUUCCUCCUCAUAUCUUUGCCAUUGCGGAAGGAUCGUACCACGCCAUGUCGCUCAAGUCCAAAAACCAGUCGAUCUUGAUCACUGGCGAGUCUGGUGCCGGCAAAACGGAAAACACCAAAAAGGUCAUCACGUACUUUGCUUUCGUGGGUUCCACUGGUACGGCUAAAGCCGACAAAAGCGGCAAGAAGAAGGCCUCUUUGGAGGAUCAGGUGGUCCAAACCAACCCAGUCAUGGAGGCCUAUGGUAAUGCCAAGACCGUUCGAAAUGACAAUUCGUCUCGAUUCGGAAAAUUCAUUCGUGUGUGGUUCAACAACCAAGGCAAGAUGGCUGGCGGAGACAUUGAGACCUAUCUGUUGGAAAAGUCCCGUGUCACGUACCAAUCUCCAGAUGAGCGAUCCUAUCACAUCUUCUACUUCCUCAUGACCCACAAAGUCGACUUGCAUGAAUCUUGCGGUCUCUCGGAUGACAUCUACGACUACCCUUUGAUGUCUAUGGGCAAGGUCAAAGUAGAGUCCAUUGAUGACGGCGAGGAGAUGAUGAUCAUGGACGAAGCAUUUGACAUCUUGGGUUUCACCCGGGAUGAGAAGUACAACGUGUACAAGGUCACCAGUAUGUGCAUGCUGCUCAGUAAGAUGGAGUUCGUUGGCCACGGAGAGGUGACCACGGCCAAAAAUGUCGAGGCUGGAACGGUUCUCAUGGACCUCUUCAAGUACUGCGACGCCCCGGACGAACUCUACGACCGUUUCUGCAACCCCAAGAUCAAGAUUGGCACGGAGUGGGUGAACAAGUCGCAGAACGUGACCACCGUCAAUGUAGCCGUGGGUUCGAUCAUUAAAAACAUCUUUGGUCGUCUCUUCCGAUACUUGGUCGACAUGUGUAACAACACUCUGAUCGAUCCCACCAUGAAGAAAGUCAACUUCAUUGGAGUAUUGGACAUUGCCGGUUUUGAAAUCUUUGAGUUCAAUACCUUGGAACAAUUGAUGAUCAACUUUGUCAACGAGAAGCUUCAGCAAUUCUUUAACCAUCACAUGUUUGUUUUGGAGCAAGAGGAGUACCUACGCGAGGGAAUCGAAUGGGUCUCCGUUGACUUUGGGAUGGAUUUGGCUGCUUGCAUUGACCUCUUUGAAAAACCCAUGGGGCUCUUGCCCAUCCUGGAGGAAGAGACCAUCUACCCAAAAGCCAGUGACAAGACCUUCGAAGAGAAGCUCAAAGCCAAUCACUUGGGCAAGCACAACAACUUCCAACGGCCUAAUUCAAAGACCGACAAGGAUGCUCACUUUGCCGUGGUUCAUUACGCCGGAACCGUGUCUUACAAUGUGACCGGUUGGUUGGACAAGAACAGAGAUCCGGUCAAUGACAGCGUGAUUGAUUUGUUCAAGAAGGCCAAAAACUGCACUUUGCUCAACGAGAUUUUUGCCGAUCAUCCUGGACAAACAAAGGAAGAGGACGACGCACCUCCAGCGGGUCAUCGUCGGGGCAAGAAACGGGUGGUAGUCAAGUCCAAGACGGCCGCCAAACAAGCCAAUUUCAAGACAGUUUGCUCGUACUUCAAGGAUCAAUUGAAUAACUUGAUCAACAUGCUCAUGACCACCGAGCCCAGUUUCAUCCGCUGUAUCGUUCCCAACAGUCAUAAGAAGGCGGGCAUGGUCGAUCCAUUCCUUGUCAUGCAUCAGCUGACAUGUAAUGGUGUAUUGGAGGGGAUCCGUAUCUGCCGAAAGGGUUUCCCCAAUCGGGUGGUCUAUGGGGAUUUCAGGCAACGCUAUGCCAUUCUGGCGCCCAAAGAAGCUCAUAAGGCCAUGAAGAUGGUCAAACGACCCGUAACCGAUGAGAAGAAGAAUGUGGCGGCCACUCACGCUGUCAUGGAAAAAAUUCAAAUGUCCACAGAGAAGUUUGGUUAUGGGCACACCAAAAUCUUCUUCAGAGCGGGCGUGCUUGGUCUCAUGGAGGAGAUUCGCGAUGACAAGGUCAACGAGCUGGUGGCCUACCUUCAGUCUUGGAUCCGAGGUUAUCAAGCUCGAAAGGCGUACAAAAAGCUUUGGGAUCACAAGCGAGGGCUGUACGUCUCCCAGAGAACCAUUCGAAGCUACAUGAUGGGCAAGAAAUGGCUCUGGUGGCAACUUUGGUUGGCUUUGAAGCCUCAAUUGAAGGCUGGUCGAUUCGAAGAGUUCAAACAAGAACUAGCUCAAAAGACCAAAUAUGCCUCCGAGCAUCUGGGUGACGUCAUUCGGCAGCGAGAGAUCGCCGAGAAGAAGAACACCGAGUUGGCCAAGGAGGUCGAUGAAAUGCGACAGUCGUUAUCUGGGGGAGCCAAUGCGAAGCAAGAUCUGAUCGACAAAAUUGCCAAGAUCGAAGAAACCAAGGCUGCUCUGAACAAGGAGUUGCUGACUGUCAACAAUCGAUUCAACGUUGAGCAAGAGAGCAUUGAUGGAUUGGCGCAAAUCAUGAGCAAACUCGAGUCCUCCCAAGGCAAUUUGGGCAAGGAAAUUGAGGAAUAUGAGAACAAACUUGCUAUCAUCGAGGAGGAAAAGAAGGAUCGAGACGAUCAGGUGAAGCAGUUGAAGGAAGAGAUUGCCCACCAAGAGGACAUGAUUGCCAAGCUCAACCGCGAGAAACGAGGCAUCAAUGACUCCAAACUCAAGGAUGAGGAACAAAUUCAAGCCUACGAGGACAAAUGCAAUCAUCUUGGCAAGCUCAAGUUGCGACUGGAGAAGCAAUUGGACGAGAUUGAGGAUAGCUGGGAAAGAGAAAAGAAGUACAAACAAGACAUCGAAAAACUGAAGCGUCAAGUCGAGGGCAACCUCAAACUGACUCAAGAAGCAGUGGGCGAUUUGGAGCGCAAUCGAAUGGAAAUUAGCCAGGCUCUCCAGCGGAAGGAGAAAGAGUUGGGAUCUUUGGCAGGGAAGAUUGAGGACGAGCAAACCCUUGGAAGCAAACUCAAUCAACAAAUCAAGGAGCUUCAAACCAGAAUCGAGGAGCUAGAUGAUGAAUUGGAGCAAGAGCGACAAGCUCGGGUUCGCGCCGACAAAGCUCGAGGCAACCUGCGUCACGAAUUGGAUGACUUGAAUGAGAAGCUAGAAGAGACUGGCAGUAACACCACAGCCCAAAUUGCUCUUAACUCUCGUCGUGAGGAGGAACUGAUGAAAUUGAAAAAGGAACUCGAGGAAUGCAACAUCAACCACGAAUCCACCUUGGCCAUGUUGCGUCAAAAGCACAACAGUGCCAUUGCCGACAUGGGAGAGCAGAUCGACAACUUGAACAAACAAAAGGCCAAGGCCGAAAAGGAGCGGAAUGCCACCGCCCAGGAAUUGGAGGAGAACAUCUCGAUGCUUCAACAAGACCGCCAGGAGAAGGGCGUUUCCGAAAAGAAUGGCAAGAUGAUUGCUAAUAACAUCAGUGAUAUGUCGGGUCGCCUUGAUGAGAUUCAAAGGGCCUUGCACGAAGCCGACAGCAGCAAGAGAAAGCUCGUGGUGGAGAACUGCGACCUACAGCAUCACAUGGAAGAGGCUGAACGGUUUGCCGCCCAAUUGAGCAAGGACAAGACGAGUUUGACCACGCAACUGGACGACUCCAAGCGUCUGGCUGAAGCCGAAACAAGGGAGCGGAUCAACCUAUUGGGAAAGAUGAAGAACCUGGAGCAUGACUUGGAGAUCAUGCGAGAUCAACUUGAGGAAGAGUACGAAGCCAAGCAAGAAAUCGAGCGCCAACUUUCCAAGGCCUUAGCUGACAUCAACUUGUGGAAGACCAGAUACGAAACCGACGGCUUGGCACGGACCGAGGAGAUCGAGAGAGACAAGGGCAAGGUCGCUGCUCGUUUGGCUGAGGCUGAGGAAACCAUCUCAGCCCUCCAGGAGAAGAUCGGGGUAUUGGAAAAGAGUAAAGUGAGACUCACGGGCGAGUUGGAGGACAUUUCUACCGACUAUGAACGGUUCAACACCAAUGCUGCCAUCUUGGAGAAGCGAGGCCGUAACUUUGACAAGGUGAUCACCGAAUGGAAGUGCAAAGGAGACGAUCUGCAAGGCGAGAUUGAGGCAAGCCAGUCCGAGUGCAGGAACUUCAGUUCCGAAUUCUUCCGAAUCAAGUCUGCAAAUGAGGAGCUCGUGGAGCAAUUGGACACAGUCAAGCGCGAGAACAAGAAUUUGGCUGAAGAGAUCAAGGACCUAUUGGAUCAGCUGGGAGAAGGUGGUCGAUCCAUUCACGAGUUGGACAAGUCCAGACGGCGUUUACAGGUUGAAAAGGAGGAACUCCAAGCGGCAUUGGAGGAAGCUGAAGCUGCUCUGGAGCAAGAGGAGAAUAAGGUCUUGAGAUCCCAAUUGGAGAUGUCCCAAGUUCGUCAGGAGAUUGACCGUCGCAUACAAGAGAAAGAGGAGGAGUUUGAUCAAUCAAAGAAGAACCACUUGAGGGCCAUGGACUCGAUGCAAGCCUCCCUAGAGGCCGAGACAAGAGCCAAGGAAGAGGCGUUGAGAAUAAAGAAGAAACUCGAAUCUGACAUCAACGAGAUGGAGAUCGCUUUGGAUCACGCCAAUAAGGCUCAUGCUGAGGCCAAGAAGGCCAUCAAACGAACGCACAACCAACUCUGCGAGGUAAGCCAGGCUAUCCAAAAUGAGCGAAAGGUGACUACCGAGGUCAAAGAACGUCUUGGAUUGACCGAGCGCAAGGCCAAUGCUCUGGCUGGAGAGAUGGAAGAGGCUUCAGCCCUCUUGGACGGCGCCAUUCGAAGCCAAAAGCAAGUGGAACUAGAGCUCCAGGACACACGUGAGCAAAAUAAUGAGAUGACCAACCUCAACAACUCUCUCACCAACACCAAGCGAAAGUUGGAAAGCGACAUCCAUCAAAUGCAUGCCGACCUGGACAAUCUCUUGACCAAUGCCAAGAACUCGGAAGAGAAGUCCAAAAAGGCCAUGGUGGAUGCUGGACGAUUGGCAGAUGAGCUCCGGGCUGAGCAGGAGCACUCCAAUGCUCAAGAGAGGGCAGUUAGAAUCACGGAAAAGAACCUCGGAGAUUUGGCCGCCAUGGCAGAUGAGGCCGCCCGUCAAGCCGCAUUUGCCGCUCAACAAAUGCCCGCCAAACUUGAAGCCAGGGUCCGAGAAUUGGAGUUUGAACUGGCCAAGACCACUCAGCUCUCGGCGGAAUCUCACAAACAAGCUACCAAAGGGGAGCGCAAGGUCAAGGAGCUCCAGUUCCAAUCCGAGGAGAACACGAAGAACCAAGAGCGCAUCACGGAAUUGGUUGACAAGCUCCAACAGAAGAUCAAAUCCUACAAGAAACAAAUUGAAGACGCGGAAGAGAUUGCAGCCAUCAACUUGGCCAAAUUCCGCAAAUCCCAACAAGAGCUCGAAGAGGCAGAUGAGCGCACUCGAAUGGCCGAGGAUGGCGUGACCAAAUUCCGCCAAUCUCGCGCUCCCUCUGUCUUCAACUAGAGUUGCCCAAGCUUCAGGAAACCGUAAUGUGUGAGUGAUGAAAUUCUAGCCUCUUAUAUUCCAAACACAUGUUCCUUAUUCACAUGAUUGGGCCUUAUACCCAAGCUGACAAUCCCUGGGCAACGCGCACUUUAUCGUUCUCAGUCGUCAAAAAAAAACACGUCAAAACAAUUUUCACCCGCCAAGACACCAGAGGGAACAAUCAAGAGCGACCCUGAUUUUCAACUCGGAGAUGACCACCAAUCAUGAAAAAUUUGAAAUCGUUUCCCAUCCCCAUAUAUCCCCAAUGACCACUUUUUCUCUGCCCUGUUCACUUGAACUUUCUUGUAAAUAGAAUUAUUCUGGCAAGCAUUCAAACACAA